UUUAUUUCUACCGUCAUAUUUUUACUUAAAAAAAAGCAAUCGACUGUAUCCAAAAAGGAAACAUCCAAAAACUUAAUCAUGAAGUCAUCCAUUUUUGCCUUCACUACUAUUGCAUCUAUUGUGGGUUAUACAAAUGCCGCUGUCAUCUUCAAAGAUCCUUGGGCUCAAUCCAAUACAUGGAAAGCUGGUGACAGAGCUAGCAUCAAAUGGACCUCUGAACCUGCAGAUGCAGAUAAACCUUGUGAUAUUCAAAUGUUAAACGGUGACACUCAAAAUGCAAAUAUUGUUGCUACUGUCACCAAUCCUGCCACACCCAUCAAAUGUGGUGCUAAUCAAUUCGAGAUUGUUCCUUUGAAUGAUUUCAAAUCAGGAAAAUAUUGGCUUCGUAUAGGUCAAGCUAAUACGAAUACCUGGUCCUAUUCUGGUGCUUUCAAUUUUGAAGGGAAAGGCACUGCCACUCCAUUGAAAUUAGCUGAUGGUACAACUCGUUAUCCUCCUGCCGAAGCUCCCAAGGAUGAUGGAAAGAAAAAGGAUACGCCCAAGGAUAUGCCCAAGGAUAUGCCUAAGGACAUGCCUAAGGAUGCUCCCAAAAGUGCCAGUCCUUCAUCUAGUGCCAAUGCUUCACCCAGCAACAAUGCUGGUAUCUCCUUACCACCUUCUGGACCCAAGCCUACGAAUGGUAUGCCUGAUAAAUCUGGCGAGAAAGUCAAGGAAGAAAUCCCUGCUGUCAAGAAGGAUGCCAAGAAACCAUCAUCUGAUGCCAACUCCUACUUCGUCAGUUACGCUAUGGUCAUGGGUUUGGCAUCUGUCGCUGCUGCUGCUCUUACUAUCUAGAUCAAUCAUGCAAAGCUAAUUUUAUGAUUAUUUUUUUUUUUAAUAUUUGUAUCUUUUAGUUUAGCUUAUUCUUUUUUUUUUUCCACAUCUGCUUUGCCUAAUAUUUUGAAACUUAAUAAUAAUAAAAAAAAACACUCUGGCAUUUUCCGUUGGAGUAUUUCAACAUCGAAAA